AGCAGGGCUCCAGAGGAAACCAAGAUGUGGAAGAGGUCAAAGGUGACCGAUCAAACUGCCACUGGGCAGGCGGGUAAGUGCUGGGUGAUGGAUGCCCUCUCCGGUUAGGUCAGUCAAGGGGUUGGUAUCACAGCUGUCUCCACCUAUAUUUCCUCUUAUCUGAGAAAGGAUGAUGAACAGGAUCUACUUGAUUUACACAACUAUUCUUUACACAACAUAAAGAUUCAUGUGACAUUGAAUUCAAGGCAGAAAAUCCCCACGCAAGACAAGAAAACACAUGGGAAGCUUACCACGUGAAAGAUUACCUAAGGUUGGAGUCUCCAAAAAAGAUGUGCAGUACCCAAGAUAUCUGAAUAAGCCUGUAUUGUGUUGAUGGGUGACCAUUUCCGCUGAGAGAAAAUGAAGAUAAGCACAAGAACAACUUCUUUUGUCAAGAGGAAACUGUGCAAAUAAUAUUCAUGGUGUUUCAAAUCCCUACACCGGUACAGUGGUUUGUCCAUGAUGUCAAGAAAGCUCAAUAGCAAAGGUGAUGUUUUUGUCAACAAGGGCGCAGAUUUUCUAUGGAAGUUUUUUUGUUUUCAGAAAAAACAAACAAGCAGCAACAAGUUUGAAUGCGGCACUGGCCAUAUCAUUCAUAAACCUCUCCCACUGAUGGAUGUGAUUAUGAACAUGUCGGUCAAAUAAAAGAGCAACGGCGUCACAGAUGCCAGGAGAUGAGAUGCAAAUAAGCUGUGCUUAGACAAAUAAUUUUCACUCAGGGUUACUCUGAGAAUAUCCGAAGAAACAAUACUAACACACAGCUGAUGGCUACAAGGAUGAGCAUCAAAAUCAUGGAGGAUCACAACUGAUUGUCCUUGGUUGAAAGAAGACAAAAUGAAGGCUUAUUUUAAAUACAUUUUCAACAAAUUGCUUUUCCACAAAGUAUUUUCACAUUAUUUCUCUCAAGCACUGCGCAGGAAUCAUCCUGAGAUGUCAGCCAUGAGAAAAUGCCAGAGCGAGCUUGAAGUUAAGUCUAAUCAGCAGUUGCACAGCGCAACUGUUUACAUGCUGCUGUAACAACAUAUUGCUAACACACUCUAUUAUAUUUUGUCUAUGACUAACCAUUUAUUGUUGUGUGAUGUGUCUGAAUAUUUUGUUCUGCUUAAGUUGUGUCUGUGUUUGUGCUUCCCAUUCCCGGGUUACAUUGUAUAUUGUGUUGUUUUAUGUUGAUUGUGUACGUAAUCCUGUCAAAGUUCCAACCUGCCAUGGUGCUUUUGUCAGGAUUAAUAUUUACCUGUCCUGUUUCCUCUCCUGCUUUCUCGUUGCGUGUUAAGUCGACGGUUCUGAAGGAGUUCACCCAGACGACAAAGGUAUGCGAGCGAAAAAGAAAUCAAAUUUCACAAACGAUUCACCUUCUGUGAGUGCAUGACUCCAUGUUGGGUGAGUUGCAUGUAUGAUGUGGUCUUCUAUCACUCCUUUGAAAGGUGUCAUCCGAAAUGGAUGAUUCAACUUUCAGUGUCACAACAGAUGCAUUCUAUUGUGACAUUUUGAACAAAUUCCAAAGCUGUUGCUAGAGAGCACUGCAGUUGAUUUCCAUGUGUCUAACUUCUGUCCACAUGCUGAUUGGUCAUUAGUCAUUACAGUAUGUUGGCACAGUUCAGUCUCAAUAAGAGAACUUUCCCUACAGGGACUUCCCCAAGGAGUGGUAUGAUCUCUCCUAAAAACUAGCUAAUGUGACUGGCCACCACAGUGCCCCCUUGAAAUCGCAGAAAUCUUCAAGCUUAAACAUAAUUAACUUGAAUUUGAGCAUGAAUUUGUUAUCAAUAAAAAGAUUAGAAGUCAUAUUUGAGGCUGUAGUUAUGAACCCCAACACAAGCUGAGUCACCGCUUUAAGUUACCCUUUCCGGAUUCCCUUGCGAUUUUUGGCCUUUUCAUACCUGACCCACACGCUCUCCUUGGCUUCACUGUGACGACCAGGACUGUCACGGAUACAAAAUUGCAAUUUCUAUGAUCACAGCAGUUCAAAGCAGGUGUAAGAGAACUGUGUGCUGUCAAGUUAACACAGAACAUUGAGGUCUCAAGGUAGUCAUCUAGAAUGACACCCAUGACCUCUGGAAGCCCUUAAGCCUCUCCCAACUCUCAAUAUCUUUUUAUUUGUUGUACUAUAUAAGUACACAAUUGUAUGAAAUCAUAGAUGGCACUUGCACUCUGUUAACAUGGCCAUGAAGUGUAAAAAUAAGAAACAGAAAUUGGGAAAUAAACAAAUGAAACAGUUCAGCAUUAGUUACUGUAUGUUUAGGCAGCUGAGCGGCAAAUAACAGCAAAGUUACUGCAAAGCUGCAACAGCUGACAAUGGCAACUAGCUACAGCUGCACUGAGAAUGAACACAACAACUGUAGGAACACGAUGGAGAGUCCACAGGAUUUGAAAAGCUUUCUAAACAUACUCUUAUCAUUCAUUCAUUCCUUUAUUCAUUUAUUUAUUUGGCAAGGCAAAUGUGGUGUAUUUAUAAAGCACAUUUCAUACACAAAGGCAUUUCAAAGUGCUUUAUAAGGAAUAAAAGAUAUGAAAUAAGAAAACGACAUUUAAACAGCUAAUAGAAGUUAAAAAGAUGAAAGCACAGAGCAAUAAAUAGAGGAGGAAAGUGCAGCACUCAAAUGUAGGAUGCAAGGACUUAAUAUCCAGUUUUAAGUGUGGUUAGAAAAAUCUUCUGUUUGUUUGUUCUGGCUCUCUGUAGCUUUGUGGUCAACAUUGUGCCGUGCAGUUUUCCCUGUUUUGAGUGCUCACAAAUCAGACUGAAAUGUGCUAUAAAUGGGAAUAAUAUGUACUGUAUUGUUCAAACAUGAACACAGGGGUUUUAAUUAAUUACAGAUGUCAACCUUCAUGACUGUACAUACCAAAUAGAAUUUUUAAACAUAGUUGUGGUUAUUACAAGCAGUCUGCCUUGUUUGCAUUAUAUCUCUGUGGACAUGAAUGUGAAGUUCAAAUGAAAAAUGAAAUUGUCUAAAUAUUUUUAAAAAAAUACAUUUCUGUCAACCUCCUGCCAGUCAGCUCUAGAGAUCUCCUAAAACAACUGCUGUGGCCAUGAACUGCCACUUUAUUUUUUAUAAAAAAAAGGAUACAAAAUACAUAUGAUUCAUUCAAGUACCAGUCAGUCUAUAUCUAAAUGUAGUGCACAAUAAAACUUUCACUAAAGUGCAAAUAAUGCAAUAGAAAUAUUGAAUGAAUGCAUGAACACUUGAAAACAUUUUCAAUACUCAGAUAUGAGGAAUUUCCACUAUUGCUUUUUAAGGAAUGACUAUUCUGGUUAUAAAGCAUCCUCUUAAAGCCCAUCUACAACAAAAGGAGCACAUUUAAAAUGAUGCAAAAAUAAAUAAAUAAAUGAUUUAAUGCUAAAGCACAGCAGGGACAACAAACAGUCUUCCACAACCAUUUUGCUUGGUAGAGAAUUCUUAAACAGAACAAGCAGUCCUCCUGCUCAACAGUGUUAGAGAUGUUCAGCCACAGGCACUUCAGAUAAAGACUGGAUAAAAAAAAACCUUCAGCUCUAGUGAUUGCAGCCCAUGUACAUGCUUAUCCAUUUGACAGCUGUCAAGAUCUCUUGAAAAAUAAGAUGUCAGCGGGGCUGGUGAUGUUGGCAAAUGCGGUUCUAAUAUAAAUUAUAUAAAAAUACAAAUAUUUUACACAGCAUUUAUCAAACACAUAAGCCAUGUUAAAUCUGCUCAGGAAUGACAGUACCCUUAUAAAUCUUUCUGUACCAAAUUUAUGCCAAUUAUUCUUGGUCAAAUCCAUUUUGCUGACUGACCCAUGAAAUCAAUGCCUGGCUUAAACAUGCAGCUUUAAAUGCUGUUGUACAUUAAUAUUCUGAUACAUAUUUCCAUGCAAACAUAUUGCUUUUAAUGAUGUACCCAUCAUCCUCACGAUUCAACAGCGUGGACCUUCUGCCUGUUAACAGCAGCACUGCCACAUACAUUACAUAUUGUUCUGUAGCACCUGCUGCAAGCAAUUCACCUCCACUGUGCUUUAGACUGCAAAAUGCUGGGUUACCCUGCUAUUUUCUCUAAAACUAUAUACCAUAGUUUAUAUUCUGCCUAUUACAGGUCUUUCACGCCAAGUGAAAAUAAUGAAAGACCAGGGAUCCCUGGACCAGCUGAAGGCCUGUGAUUCAGUGAUGCUGUUCUCGAGAUUACUGUGGGCAUUAAGAAGAAGUCGAAAGUGCCUGGUGUCAUGAUAACGCAGUUUAUGGAGGAACUUCCUGAGGGAAUGACAACCCCAGAUUUCACCCGCAAACCCAUUGCACUGACUAUUCAAGAGGGUAAACUUGCAGUCUUUAAAGCCAUAGUGGUGGGCACCCCAACACCUACUGUAACAUGGAGCAGAGCAAACGGAGAAUUACAUUUUCACCCUGACGUGUGCCAGCAGAAGUACGAUGAGACAUCUAACGAACAUACCAUUGAGUUUCCUAAGGUCACUCCAGAGGAUGCUGACACCUACAAGUGUUUUGCAACAAAUGAAUAUGGAAGGGCUGUUUGCACUGUUGUCUUGAAUGUUAUUGAGGUUGGAUUCUCUAAGAGUAAAGAACUUCAAAAGAUACAAGGAGAAGUUGUUCUCGUGUCUUCAGCCCUACUCGCCGUGUGUCCCUGUUACCCUGCUCAUUUUUGGAUUCUGGUUUUUCACCCUUUUGGAUUUUCGUUGGACAGCCUUUGUUUUUGGACUCAGUCAAUCAGCCACUCUGUUUAUCCAGUAGACCUCAGAAAGAAACUUAAAAAACGUAAUCCUGAUGGAACUCGUGAGGAAAAGCCAAUGGAGCCAGACGAGAAGGUCUGGGAAAUCCUCCUUAGUGCAGACAAGAAAGACUACGAGCGUAUCUGUGCUGAAUACAAUAUCACAGAUUUCCGCGGCAUGCUGAAGAAACUCAAUGAAAUGAAGAGAGAGAGAGAAGAAGAGAUUGCAGAGUUUGUUACACACAUCAGUAAACUGAAACCUAUUGAGGUCAAUGAUGAUGACUGUGCAACAAUUGAGUUGGACAUGGACCUGAAGGAUCCUAGCAGCAAAAUCUUCCUGUACAAGGAUGGCGUCAUGGUUCCAUUCACCAAAGAAGCAGCUGACGAUAUUAAGCAUAGCUUGAAGCAAGUUGGCAAAAAAUACAUAUUCACAAUUAAAAAACUAGGUUCAGAAGAUGCAGGACUCUACUCUGUGGAUGUCGAGGGUGUCAAUGUUUUCUCCACAGAUUUUAAAGUACCUGAAGUUGACUUUGCUGUCAAAAUACAAGAGGUUAAGGCAGAAGAAAGAGAGGACGCCCUCUUUCAAUGUGUCCUGACUGCACCAAUGAAUGAGAUCAAAUGGUAUGGCAAAUCCGCUCCACUGUCAAAUAGCGAGAAACAUGAAAUCACUGUUUCUGAAGAUAAGCUUAUCCACAAGUUGAUUGUGCGGGACUGUAUGCCUUUGGACGCCGGUAUCUAUGCCGCUGUGGCAGGAAUCAAAUCCUGCAAUGCCUGGCUUGUAGUUGAAGCUAACAAAGAUCCUGCCAACAAGGGCAAGAAGGCAGCUCGUAAAACUACUUUGGCUGGAGGCGGUAAUGAAGGAGAUCUGUUAAAAAUAGCUAAGGAACAGCAGGAAAGAUAUCAGAAAGAAAUGGAAGAAAAAAUGGAAAUUGCCAAGAAGGCACAAGCAGAGAAAGAAGCUGCAGAGGCAGCUGCCCAAGUAGAGGCUGAAGCAGCUAAAAAGGCAGCGGCUGAAGCUAAGGCUAAGGCGAAGGCUGAAGCGAAGGCUGCUGCAAGGUCAAAGAGAGCAGCAGCUGGCAAGGAAGGAGCUGCAAGGAAAGCUAAGAAAAAGGAAGCUGGUGCCGCAGGUGUUGCAGGCUCUGCUGCGGAGGGUGCUGGAGACACUGGAGGUGCUGGAGGCGCUGGUGGUGCAGGUGGGGAAGGAACUGAUGGUGGCAAAGGUGCAGGUGCUGGUAAAGGCAUCGGAGCUGGUGCUGGUGCAGGUGGUGAAGGUGGAAUAGAAGACGGAAGUGGAGCUGGGGGCGGUGGAGGUUUGGGAGAAGAUUUUGAGGGAGAAGAUGAUUUCGAUUCAUUUGAAGAUUCUGAUGAAGAAUUUAAGGGAGAAGGAUAUGGAGAAGGAGGAGAGGGUGGAGAAGGAGGUGAAGGAGGAGGGAAACGCAAGAAACGUGUGAGAGAUGGUCCACUUGUUCCAGAUACAGUAAUAGGAGAUAAUAAUGAUGAGGAAUCCACAAAUCAACAAGGCGAAAAAUCUGGGACAAAAGGAAAACGUCCAAAAAAGAAAAAUGUGACGGUCGAAGAAGCUGUUGUUGACCCAGGAGUUCACUUUCAUGCUGGGCUUUCUGACUGCAAAGCCAUUACUGGAGAAGCAGCAGAGCUGGAGUGUAAACUGAGCAAUGAAGACUGUAAGGGAAUAUGGUACAAAGAUGGAGAGGAGAUUCAGUCAUCUGAGGGCAUAACCAUUUCACAAGAAGGAAGUUUCCACAAGCUGAAAAUUCACAAAGUCACAGAGGAAUUUGCUGGAAAAUAUAAAUUUGAAGCAGAUGGACGGAAGACAGAGGCCUUGAUUGUUGUUGAAGAUCCGCCCAGAUUUGAUACUGAGGAACUACAAGUAUUUAAAACUCCUGUAAUCGUGAAAAAAGGACACAAAGCUUCCUUCAAAUUACCUUAUAUUGGACGGGAACCUAUCAAAAUCCAGUGGUACCUUGAGGGUGAAGAGCUUUCAGAUGAAGGAAAUAUCAAGUUAGAGCACUCAGAUGGUUACACCAGUCUGCUUCUAACCAAGCUGCAACGCAAAGACAGUGGUGAGGUCAAGCUAAAACUCAAAAAUGAGUUUGGCACUAUUGAGGCCUUCAGCCAGCUUGUUGUAAUGGAUAAACCCACUCCUCCAAUGGGACCUCUGGAGAUUAUUGAAGCCUCCUCCUCUGUAAUUGAUUUCAAGUGGAGGCCCCCAAAAGACAGCGGUGGCUGCAAGAUAGCAAACUAUAUCCUUGAACGACAACAAGUUGGCCGCAACACCUGGAAGAAGGUAGGGCCUAUUGGUCCAGAGCCUAAAUAUAGGGACAGUGAUGUAGACCAUGGCAGGAGGUACUGUUAUCGCCUCAGAGUGGAGACUGAAAUGGGCCUCAGUGAGCUGAUGGAAACAGAGGAUAUUCAAGCUGGUACAAAAGCAUACCCUGGACCUCCAUCAGCACCAAAGGUUGUCAGUGCCUUCAAGGACUGCAUCAACCUCUCUUGGUCUCCUCCAGCUAAUACUGGAGGAACCAAUAUUCUGGGAUACAACCUUGAGAAACGCAAAAAGGGCAGCAACCUGUGGGGCCCAGUCAACGCACCUGAUGAAAUGAUCAAAGCUAAGGGAUUUGGAGUUAAAGAUGUGGUUGAGGGAAUGGAGUAUGAAUUCCGUGUGUCAGCGAUCAAUAACUCUGGAGCGGGGGAAUUCAGUGCACCGUCUGAGUUUGUGUUUGCCAGAGACCCUAAAAAGCCUCCUGGUAAAGUCAUUGACUUCAAAGUGACAGAUUCCACCUACACAACUCUGUCCCUGUCUUGGACCAAGCCCAAGGACAUAAAGGGGGUUGAGGAUGAAGCCAAAGGAUAUUUUGUAGAGAUCAGACCUGCAGAAAACACAGAAUGGGAUCGCUGCAAUUCAAAUGCAAUAACCAUGAAUUCCUAUACUGUGAAAGGCAUGAAGUCAAUGGCCAUGUACUGGGUGAGAGUCAUUGCUACAAAUGAUGGAGGAGAGGGAGAGCCACAGGAACUGGAUAAUUACAUCCUUGCUAUGCCCCCUCCAGUGAGACCACGAUUCACGGAUGCCAAAAUCAAGACUUUCAUGGUGGUGAGAGCAGGAAAUUCUGCACGAUUCACCAUUAACUUUGAGGCCUCUCCUUGGCCUGAGGUCACCUGGCUGAAAGAUGGAGUGCCCGUGACUAAAAAGGUGACCAUCAGCAAUGCAGAGGGCACAUCCCAGCUUCUGAUUCCUUCUGCCGAACGCUCAGAUACUGGAAUCUAUACUAUCAUUGUCAGGAACAUUGUCGGCCAAGAAACAAUCAGCAUUGAAAUUAGAGUCACAGAUGAGCCUAAGCCACCAGGUCCUGUGGAGAUGGACGAAAACGUGCCUGGCACAGUGACCAUUUCAUGGACCCCAUCUCCAGAUGAGAAACGUGACGACAGACUGCAUUACAUGGUGACAAAGCGUGAUUCAAGUAAAAGAACAUGGCACACCGUUGCAGAUCGCAUCUUCAACAAUAAAUUCACAGCCUGCAACAUAAUGCCAGGCCGAGAAUACCAGUUCAGAGUCUAUGCAAAGAAUGACAUGGGCUCCUCCAAACCCUCUGAAUCACAAAAGUGGGUGAUUUCUGCCAAAAAAGCAAAGUUCACUGUGAACAUGCCAGAAACAAAGGCCUGUAAUCUAGAGUGUCCUCCCAGGUUCAUCGUCCCACUGAAAAUGCAUGCUGCUCCUCAAGGGUAUGAAUGCUACAUGAGCUGUGCUAUAAAAGGGGAUCCAACACCUCAUGUGACAUGGCUCCGCAACAACAUAAGUCUGAAUACCAACACUAACUACUACAUCUCCAACACCUGUGGAGUCUGUUCUCUGCUCAUAUUGAGGGUUGGACCUAAAGACACCGGGGAGUACACGAUUGUUGCAGAAAACUCUAAGGGGAGAGCCGAGUGCUCCACUAAAUUGACAGUCAGAGAAUAAAUGAACACACUGAAGACGGUCGAAUUACUCUAAAACCCUAAAAGAAACCAAAUUGUUGGCACUUAACAUACUGUCAGGUCUAAGCAACAGGUUUGUUUAAAUUUAAACUUUAGCAAACCCUGUCAAAUGUGAAAUUAUUUAAUAUUGCCGGUGAUACUUUUCCUUUUAGAUUGUAUUUGUACAUCAAGUAUUUGACGGACAAAUUCCUACAAAGGCUGGCAUUUAUUCAAAGUUAAAUAGGAAUACAAAUGUUGCUGAAAUUAAAGCCUAAAACUUGUUUUGUUUGUUUUGAUUUCAAUUGUGCAAUCUCAAUAAAAUGUAAGCUUUAAAUACUAAUGGCCAAUCUUGCAUAUUUUAACUGAAAUAUGAUGCGUGUUAAACAGCAAAACUAUUUAGAGUACAGGACAGUGUAGCAGUGAUUUAUUGAUUUUAAAAGGGCUAUUUUAAGGUGUGUCUAAAGCUUCUGCUUGUGUCUUUCAAAAAAUGUUUUAGAUGCAGAUUUCUGUUCACGUGUAUAGUGACUGGUUGCAAUUGUUAUUUUUCUGUGAUUAUGGAUUUUCAGUCUUUCCCCUUAAUUGAAACUGAGAUGACAAAAAAUACCAACAUGAAAAAUGUAUAUGGUACUGACAAAGCCCUGUAACUGGCUGUUAUAGUCUGUUAUACAAAAAAUCUGUGUGGGUUUUGUGUAAAUAAACAUACUGCUAUUGUGA